AAAUCGCUCCUCUGUGACACUAUUUGCAGCACUUUCCAUGUAGAGGUCAAAGUAUUUGUUGAACAGCAUGUAAAAAAACAAUGGCAUAUGUCACAUGAAGGAGUCUUUAGAUGAACAAACACUAAUGGGCUGCAAAAUAAAACCAGGAACAUUUUUAUUCCAUGUCAUGUUCAAUUUGUUCUUUUGGGAUUCCAAAUAUCUUUGAACCUUACCAUGUAAGUUUACAUGAAGUGUGCAAAUCAUUGAAACAGUAAUUCUCUUAGUGAUACUGAGCAGAGCGUAGAGAUGAUGUGAUCCAUUAAGAGACUCUCCAGCUCGUCCACUGAGAUAAGAGCUUCUAAUGAGAGCCUGUAGAAAUCUGAAUGACACAACAAGCCGAUUCAUUGUCUGAUAAGAAUGCUUGAUUACGAGCGCAUGCGUGUGACAAUCUGUGCUGCAGGAUCAUGUUGCUGGCUAGUGGAGAGGCGAAGCUUCCCAGUCUCCUGCAUUCCUGCACAACCCAUCUUUUGUCAUGCAGCAACAGUUAUUUGGAAGGUGACACCCUUCCCCCCUCUUUCUCCUAAAGUCUAUGCCAGUCAUCUUUCAAUAAAGGAAGAGAGGGGGGAACGGAGGAGGAGUGAGAGUGAAUAAGCCAACGGAGGUCAGGGCAUUUAGUAAAUCAGGUGUAGCAGAGGCUCAAAGACGGGUUGAAGGUUUUUCCUUCAUAGCAAAGUCAGCGGUGGCAGAGUAACUUUAAAAGCAAUUACAAUAUACUUUAGAGUGUAAAGAGAGAUUUGGAGAGCAACAGAGCAAAAGAGAGAGGCUGAGAGGUGGCUUUGAUCCAAACGCGAGACGCAAACCUGCCGUGGCACGCUUGCAGAGAGGUGGAGGGAAAGAGGGAGGAGUUUUUUCCCUCCUUCCCUCUCAGAAACACAUGAACUGACACAGCUGUCAGACCUUCGUCAUAGCGCGCUCAAGCUGCCGGACAGAAGAAGAGAAAGAGAGAGAGAGCGAGGGAGAAGGAGAGACGGCAUUGGCGCUGAGCAGAGAAGAGAGGAUGCUGCAGGAGACCAGCGUUAGAGCAAGUCCAACCUGAUCGCUCAAUCCCCUCCCUCCCCCGCCCAGUCCUCCACAAUCCCAGGAUGCUCUGCCCCUGCCGAGGGAAGCUGAAGUUGCUGGUGGUGUCUCUGAGUUUCGUCAUCCUGUUCACCUGGCUUUACCUGCUCGUGGGGAACUCGGAAAACGGGCGUUCCCUGCUCCUCUCCGCAUGCUUGCUGGAAUCCACAGAAGCACGGCUGCUGGAACGGGACGUCCUGGCAUCGCGGGUUCGAGAGGUGGAGGAAGAGAACCGGCAGAUCCGACUCCAGCUGAGCCAAUCGCAGGGCCUGGCUGCCCAGCCUGCCGAGGGUAACUAUGGCAACCAGCAGUGGGUGGCAUCAGCAGACACUGGUCCAGAAGACGUGGAGAACACAGCCGAGGAACGGGCCAAUCACAGCGAGUGUUCACGUUCGCCCACCGCCGAGAAGUGUGAGUUGAUCCACGUGGCAUGUGUGUGCGCGGGUCACAACGCAAGUCGGGACGUGGUCACUCUGGUCAAAUCCAUCCUGUUCCACAGGAGAAACCCACUUCACUUUCAUUUCAUCACAGAUACAGUGGCCAACCAGAUCCUCAGCACUCUGUUCCAGUCGUGGAUGGUACCGUCCGUGCAAGUCAGCUUCUAUGACGCUGAUGAACUCAAAUCGGAGGUGUCUUGGAUACCAAACAAACACUAUUCAGGAAUUUAUGGCCUGAUGAAGCUCACGCUUACCAAAGCUCUGCCGUCCAACCUUUCAAAGGUCAUCGUCCUCGAUACAGACAUCACCUUCGCCACUGACAUCGCCGAGCUGUGGGCCAUCUUCCGGAAGUUCACAGAGAAACAGGUGAUUGGUCUGGUGGAGAAUCAGAGCGAUUGGUACCUCGGUAAUCUGUGGAAAAAUCACAAACCCUGGCCAGCCCUCGGACGAGGCUUUAACACAGGUGUGAUUUUGCUCUACCUUGAGAGACUGCGACGCAUCAGCUGGGAACAGAUGUGGAGACUGACGGCCGAGAGAGAGCUAAUGAGCAUGCUUUCAACAUCCCUGGCAGACCAGGACAUAUUCAAUGCAUUCAUAAAACAGAACCCAGUUCUGGUGCAUCAGCUGCCGUGCUUCUGGAACGUACAGUUAUCGGAUCACACUCGCUCUGAACAGUGCUACACCGAGGUGUCAGAUCUAAAGGUCAUUCACUGGAACUCUCCUAAAAAGCUGAGGGUAAAAAACAAGCACGUGGAGUUUUUCCGUAAUCUUUACUUGACGUUCCACGAUGGAAUCUUCUACGAUGGGAAUUUACGGGCUCUGCGAAGGGAACUCUUCGGCUGUCCCAGUCAGGCCAGCUCUGAGAGCACAGUGCUUCAGCAAGCACUAGAGGAGUUAGAUGAGGAUGACCAGUGCUAUGAUUUCCGGAGGGAGCGAAUCAUGGUGCACAGGGUACAUCUGUACUUCCUGCAGUAUGAAUACACACCUACAGAUGAUGGCACAGACGUCACGCUGGUCGCACAGCUCUCCAUGGACAGACUGCAGAUGCUGGAGGCCAUCUGUAAACACUGGGAGGGCCCCAUUAGUUUGGCCCUGUACAUGUCUGAUGCCGAGGCCCAGCAGUUCCUGCGUUACGCUCAGGCCUCUGAAGUCCUCAAGAACCGCAAGAAUGUGGGCUAUCAUAUCGUUUAUAAGGAGGGUCAGUUCUACCCUGUCAAUCUGGUACGCAAUGUGGCGCUCCGCAACGUCAACACACCCUACGUUUUUCUGACUGAUGUGGAUUUUCUGCCCAUGUACGGCCUCUACGAUUACCUCAGAAAAAGUAUAGUCCAACUGGACAUGGCUAAUACCAAGAAGGCUCUGGUUGUGCCCGCCUUUGAGACGCUGAGAUAUCGCCUCUCCUUCCCCAAAUCCAAGGCCGAGCUGCUGUCUAUGCUGGACAUGGGGACUCUCUACACCUUCAGGUAUCACGUCUGGACAAAGGGUCACGCGCCAACCAAUUAUGCCAAGUGGAGAACAGCCACAACGCCAUACAAGGUGGAGUGGGAGGCAGAUUUUGAGCCGUAUGUUGUGGUGCGACGAGACUGUCCUGAGUAUGACCAGAGAUUUGUUGGCUUUGGCUGGAACAAAGUAUCCCAUAUCAUGGAGCUUGAUGCUCAGGAGUAUGAUCUUAUUGUGUUACCAAAUGCCUUCACAAACCACACACCCCACGCACCCAGCUUUGACAUCUCAAAGUUUCGCUCCAGUCCGAGUUACCGCUACUGCUUGACAACUCUGAAGGACGAGUUCCAUCAAGACCUUUCUCGAAAGUACGGUUCUGCUGCUCUCAAGUACCUCACAGCGCAGAGGAACAUCUGAACGCUGUUUCAAAUGUACUUUAGCACACAGGAGAAUGGCUCGAUCUAGUCAUUUGAGGCUCAACAGCCAACAUGCUGCUCUGCUACAUGUUUGUCAAGAGGAACGAAGCUGAAGCCCACGUCUCUGCUGAAGACUCUGAAAUCAAAGCUUUAAUUCUUCUUUUUGAUAAGUCUUACAGCAGAGAACUGUGAAAACCAAUGACAUCAGCAACACACCCAUCAGACUGGUGGCGAAAACUCGACCAAACAUGCUUGAACUGCUUAAAAGACAUUGGUAAACGUUUGCGAUGACCCACUUGCUUUAUAGCCUAAAACAAACGGUCACGAUAAAGACCUUUUUUUUUGACAAUCAGGGCUUUUUCUUCACUAAAGAUCUACAGAUAACGGUCCAUGGCGCUACGCAGUUUUGAACCUUCUGAAACCAUUCGAUGGAGUAUCGAAAGGAUGAGAACUGAAUGAGCUUUCCAAAGACUCUUCUGCUGGACUGAAGUGUGGGGAGGCCAUCAAGACGAGGGACUUUUAAAGCUAUUAUAAUUUUCAUGGUAUAUU